AUAAGGGAAAUCGGUCAAGGUCUUCUAACAAGACUGCUCACUCGGAAGGUGUGGACAACAGCAGUUCUAGGAAGGCGUCAACAACAGUGGCUACAAGUUAACAAAAUGGCAUUGUAUGGAAUUGAUGCAAACUAUGACCUGUUGUGUGCUGCCAGGUAUGGAGAACUUCAAGACGUUAAAGCGGCUUUGAAAGCUGACAGCACACAAGCAAGGUGUGGACAACAGCAGCUCUAGCUGUACGAAGGCGUAAACAUGUCUGCAACUGAUGCAAACUAUAAUGCAAACUAUGAACUUUUGUAUGCUGCCACGUUUGGAUCACUUCUAGGCAUUGAAGCGGCUUUGAAAGCUGGUGCAGACAUCGACUUCGAACAUGUGGACUGCAAUGUCUCCAGCACUGGCACGGCGUUGUACAAUGCUUCCAUGAAGGGACACAUCGACGUGAUCAAAUUACUGCUCCACAAGGGGGCGUCUUUGGUGAAGAGAAACAAGCUUUCAUAUGCUCCCCUUCUCAUAGCAGCGCACGAAGGGCAGACAGAGGCAGUGGACUUGCUGGUGCAGCAUGGUGCAACGUUAGACAUAAAGGACUGCUUCCAGCACACUCCGCUCAUGACUGCAUACAUCUUCAAUCAUGUCGACACAGUUAAGAGACUGAUUGAACUUGGGGCAAGGCCUGAUUUAGAAGUCGAUUAUAUGUCUCACAUAGCCAAGAGAUUGGCAGACCGUGGCAAUUGUUUGAAGCUGGUAGAAGAGGCGAGGUUGACCAAACUGUUGAGAUGCUGCAACCCCAGGUGUGGAAAACCAGGCUACAGGAAAACCCUGAAGCUGUGUGGCCGGUGCAAGCUGACCCGCUACUGAAGCCGUGACUGUCAGAUACAACACUGGUCUGUCGGACACAAGAAGUGCUGUGGACAUGACGUGUACACAGACGAAGGACCAGAUCCCUAUGUCAGAAUGCAAUCACAUCCUAGCACAUGUGGAUGUAAACAAGGCAUUUAUAAAUUCCCAAUACCGACAUGAAACGUUUUUAUCCUACACGAAGAACUGUCAAGCACACAUGCGGCAACAGCCAUAUCAAAUCUAGUGAAAAUGUAAUAAGUGACAAUUUGGUACAUCUGAAUUUCUUACUGUGGAUAAGUUACUUGUGUUUUGUAUGUAUAUGUGCCACCUCUUAAUUUGUUAGUUUGUUUUUUUGACACACGCAUUCUGUUAAAAGGUUGGCUUUCACCAAUACCCCGUUGGAUUUUUAAACUCAUCGAAGGGAAUUACAAACAAGUUAAAUGUGGAGUCAGAAUGUAACAGAUACGAAAUGUGACCGAUGCAAAAGUUUCUAUUUGUUCAAUGAGAAUUAGACCGUCGUAAUAGAAUUAUCACGGAUACGUUCAUAUUCCACACAAUCGUUGAUAAAAGUAACAUUCUACUGAACGAUGUGUUAAGCGUUGUGAUAUGAAUGUAAAGAGGUAAGGAAGUGCUAAUCUCUGUUGUCAUUCUUUGUAAAUAAACACUACAAAAUGAAAAGUUAACAAGUCUCAAGUUAACUAUACUACUUCCUCCCCUUCCCGACGUGAACAAAAUUGUAGAUAUUUUAUGUUUUGUUGGACGUUUAUGUUAUUUCCCAGUUAGCUG